CCGUAUUCGUCUGAGCCACAUCAGCAGUUGCUGACGUGUGCUGGGCGUUUGCGCAUGGUGUUCAUGGUCUUGGGAACAGCAUGGUGGAGCUCAGACAUCGAUUACACGGCCGCGGCUUGCAUGGGCCUAAGCCCCAGCUUUGGGCUGGCUUGGGCUCACGGCUCAGGCUUGAAAUCUAGUGAACCUAACCCCCCCCCCCAAGCCGAGCCUAAGCCGGGCCGGAACAUCACUAAUUUAAAAUUGUAUCAUGACAUCGAGAUCGAGCUCAGAGUUUGACUGUA